UUUAUGAGUUUAGUGAGGGUUGUUAUUAAGAUAUUUUUAUUUGAAAUAUAGGCUGCUUGUGUACCAGCUAUACUUUCGGGAAAGGAUGUGGUUGAAGCUGCAGAGACCGGUAGUGGUAAAAAAAACAAGGAUAUUUGAUUCCCCUGAUCAAUAUGUUCUGCUCUGCACAUGAUGAUUCUGUAACUACUGUUUCUGAUCAAGAAUCAAUCCAAUCCCAAAGGAUUUUUCUUCUUCUUUGCCCAAAUGUGCUGCUUUGUGAGCGAGUGGUGCGGAUGGUGAAUGUCUUCGUGGCGAUGAUGGUAAACCGCUUCAUACAGUUGCAGCUGUCUGUGAUGGGCAGGUGCUUUAUUUGCAAAUUAUUCUUGUGAUAGAUAUGGGCUAAUCAGCCUUUACAUGCAUAGUGUGUUUGGUAUUUGGGUUCAGUUUUCUUUGGGGGUAUGUCUGUAGACAUUUUAAGAUUUUUUGGUUCUCACAAAUAAGAAACUUUGACAGCGGGGAUGGCCGGUUAACGAGCCUUAUAUUCUUGUGUAGAAACCAUCUGCUCUCCUGAAUAAUAUUGACCCAGAUAAACACCGUUGUUUGGAGUUUAUGCGUGGGGUAAAAUAUGUGGUGUUAGAUGAGGCAGAUAUGCUUCUUUGUGGGGGCUCCCAGAAUAAAGUUAUCUGUCUAUUAAACAUGCUCCAUUUUGAUGAAAAGCUAUUGUCUCAGUCAAAAGAAUCUGUAUCUGAGUUACCAGUGGAAUUGGAGUUUGAACCUUCAUCACACUUUACUUUAGAGGAUAAGGAGGACCUACAAACUGACAUCAUAUCAGAAGGGGAGGAAAAUUCUGAGGAUGUUCAUGUUGAUGACUUAGCAGAGGAUGUCGAAGCUGGGUCUAAUAAAACAAAAGGCCGGAGGAGAGUGAGAAAAAAUUAUGAGAGCAGUAAAUGGUACAUUUGCGUUGCAGCCACUCUUACAGUAAAUGGAAAGAAAACUGCUGGGGCAGUGUUGAAACAGAUGUUUACAGAUGCCAAUUGGGUCAGUGGAAACUACCUCCAUUGUCACAACCAGGUGCCCCAUCUAUUUCUGGUUGCCUACUAUUUCUCUAGUGAUAUUCUUUUCCCCUUGCUAGUAACACAUGGUGAAAUAUUAGGUUUACUGCUGGCUCAAUGGAAAAUUUUCGGUAUCACAAUGCAAUGUGUAUUGAAGCAGAGGUGGAUUGAAGUUACAACUGAGACUCAGGCGGAUGAACUCAUAAAUGCUGUGAAUCAAGUUUUUAAAUCUAAAGCUACUGAAUGCCGAACCAUGGUGUUUGCAAAUACUGUUGAGGCUGCAGAAGCAGUGGAUGUCUCCUUGGAGGAACGUUCCCAGAGCUCAACUGAUCUCAAAGAGAAAGGUGGUAUUCUUGUGUGCACUGAUGCUGCUGCACGUGGUGUUGACAUACCAAAUGUCUCACAUGUUAUUUAG